CCGCCAUGUUGCUCUUGUGCUGGAGACUCGCGGGGCUUUACUGUGGGGACUUUGCAGCCAGAAACCCGUGAUUAUACAGCGCCACCUGCCCGCACAGCUCCGUACUGCACACGUGUGUUAUAUCCCUCUGCAUCCGACUAGCGCCACCUACUGAUAGACUUGUAUAAUGCUGCGCACCGCAAGAUUCCUACAGCGGAGCAUCAGCGCCACCUCCCGGCCGAACUGUAUAGUGCAGCCCCAGCGCACCAGCGCCACCUGCCCGCGCAGCUUCAUAUUACAACACACUGAGGCCACGUCUGAUCCUCUGACCCCUGAGAUCCGCCUGCGACUUCUCACCCCGCGCUGUGACUUCUGGCGUCAGAAACCCGAGCUGUGGCCCUACGGGGACCCUUAUUGGGCCAUUUAUUGGCCGGGAGGACAAGCGCUGAGCAGAUUCCUUUUGGAUAACCCACAGAUUGUGAGAGGGGGGCGUGUUCUGGAUCUUGGCUGUGGUUGUGGCGCGGCGGCAAUUGCUGCUUGGAUGGGCGGAGCCUCCUAUGUCCUGGCCAAUGACAUUGACCCUGUUGCAGGGGAAGCCUUUAGGCUGAAUUGUGAGCUGAACAACAUGAAGCCUUUGGAUUUCCAGGCAGAGAACCUGAUUGGCCGGGAGACGGGGCCCUGGAGUCUGAUUGUCCUGGGGGACAUGUUUUAUGAUGCGGAACUUGCGGAUCUGCUCUGUGAUUGGCUGAGGAGGAGCAUUCGCAGUCACGGAACCAAAGUGCUUAUUGGGGACCCGGGUAGAGCCCAGUUUUCCAGUCACCCUGUACUGAGGCACCUGCAGCCACUCGCCCAAUAUUCUCUGUCUGAUUCCACCAAGGAAGAGAAUUAUGGACUCACCGACAGCACCGUCUGGAGCUUUGAGCCCUGAUUGGACAGGACAACCGAGCAUUAUGGGUAUAAAAGGGGUCAUUUCUGUAGCAUUUGGAACUCAGGGGAUUAAAGGAUAAACAUGAACAAAUUUGUCGUCUGGGCUGUUCUCUUCCCUCUUUCAGUGAUAGAACUUGGCCACUAGAGGGAGCUGUUGCACCAUUAAACGUUAAACCUGCCCAAUAUAUAUGUGGCGAGUAACAUUAAAGGGAUCCUGUCAUCGGAAAACAUGUUUUUUUCAAAACGCAUCAGUUAAUAGUGCUACUCCAGCAGAAUUCUGCACUGAAAUCCAUUUCUCAAAAGAACAAACAGAUUUUUUUUAUAUUCAAUUUUGAAAUCUGACAUGGGGC